AUGGAGUCUGUGGCUACACAAGACGCUUCCCGGAGACCUUCUGACGAGAAUGAUAUCAAAAUCAUUGCUGACACAAAUGAUUAUCACGAAUCGUUUGGAUAUGGUUACCAAGUAAAAAAUAAAUCGGGCAUUUUUUCUUCUGCAGUGAGAGCUGGAGAAAUUUCCAAGUCACAGGUUCAGUCUGUAGGUGAGCAGGGAAGGUUGUGUUGUCUUCGCGACGAACAACCGGCGUCGAAGAUUGGAGCUAAUAGACAGUGGAAACAGUCUUGUAAAAAAGUGUUGGAUUUGAGGGAGCCAACAGAUCCUUCACGUAGGUCUCUACAGGAGACACUUCAUACAACGCAUCCGUCUUUUGGAGAGCAAGCAGUGCCACGUAAAAGGGACAUCGAGCUGCCACAAGAGACAAUGAAUUGUUUCAAAUCCUUAGAGAGAUCAACGACAUUGGACUUUAGUCCUGAUUCUAACGUAUGUGGCCCUGAAAACUUUCCAAAGGCAACACUAACCCUUAGUUUAUCAUCCCCAGAGGUGCUGAAAAAGUGUGAUGCGUUUCAUGACGUGAAUAAUGCUGGUGCACCACCUGGUACUUUUAGUGCGGAGGUCAGAAGCCCUCGGACAGCUCCGACCAAUAUUCCUGCUUACAGCUCUGACGUCAGAUGUAGACUGACGCGGAGUCCGCGAAUACAACCCCCAUUGCAAGACGACCCAGCAUUUAUAAGGCAACCCUCUCCAACUAAAAGAGAUCGCUAUCAUAACAUGGAAGUCAACGCGUCGUUCGGUUCGUCAUCACCGCUGCGAGGCUUAGCGCAGUCACCCGACGUGUUUCCACAGAUCGGACCCUCUCAGCGGGGUGGUGAUGACAUCCACAAGAAACAGUCGAGAAGAAGCAGCUCGAAGUGGCGUUUAUCGCACUCAGAGUACGUGGUCGAUGCAAAAUUAGAACAGCAGUUGUAUGUAUUACUUGGGGACGACAAUAAACCUGUAAGCCGUCCUGAAAUACAACGCUGGGUAUUAAUCAACAAAAGCAAGGACACAACCUUUACGGCAGAGUAUACCUUUGAGGAUCCUGAAGAUGUUCUCAUUCUUUCCGGUGCCGUCGUCGUGCCAAACGGGCACUAUUUAGUGACGGUGCCAUCGGGGGAAUGGCGCCUUGUCGCGGAGGGCCCCCCCACUCAUGCUUCGAUCAUCGUCCGUACCGGACGAUGCGCGUCCUAUUCAAAACCCGAAACGUUAAUCAGUGGAGGGCUUGUGCGAGGGACGCAGAACACCGUUGCGGUGACCGACCAACUCAUGCUCGCGCUGAUGAAGGAGCUGAGGUUGCUGUCGGACGUGCUUCACGAGCGGCGGCCGCGGGUCCUCGCGGGGCUAUGUACGCGCCACGGCGUCGACUACGUGGACCUGUCCUUCCCGCCCCUCACGGCCUCCCUGGGCCAUCGCGUGGAUUCCCCAGGCCAGGUCCCGCUCAUGGUGCGAUGGGCUCCUGUGGGCGUUCGGCCCACCGUUCGUGCGCGGCCGACCGCGCUGCGGGUGGGCCCUUUGGGGGACCACAGCGUGGCGUCGGCCCUGCGCACCCUGGCGGAGGCCCCCUGGUCGCUCCAACGGUCUUUCUUUAACCCUACCAACGAAGAUGAGGCCGUUGGGGUGUACGGGGUGUGGCUCGCACAACGCGGGUUGUGGGGCCUCGUGUCGGUGGAUGGCUACUUCCCGUGCGUCCAGGACGCGCGGACGGGCCGCCUCACCGCCUAUGGUUGCACCAGCGCACCCGUCUACGACCUCUGGGUGGCGAUCUGUGAAAAGGCAUUGGCAAAGGUCGCGGGGUCCUACUCGGCAUUGCGGGUGCUUGCGGCCGCUCAUGUAAUUAGCUCCUUCACGGGCGGCCCUGCCGAGGUCUGGGAUUGGUGGAAAAAAGAUCGAAUACGAGCUUUUCUUGAGAUGGAUGCAGUCAUCAAUACCAAUGCACGUGGUUUCGGCAUUGUGCUCCUUACUACUGCGGACGUUGCUUUGUCAACCUCUGUGAUAAGCCCAAUUGGGCGGAAGGGAACCGAGGUCCAUGUACCUGGUAAAGCACCUACAGAGGUUACUGAUGUGGACAUCCGAAAUAAAUCUUCUGACUUGGACGAGAUACUUCAUUUUUUUCAGCGAACAGGGCUAGAGCCUGGGACCACGUAUCAAGUUUUGUGUGUCGCUGAAGAUGCGAAGGGUGGGCUGAAGGUACUCAUGCGGGAUUGGCGAAAACGACCCCGACAUGCAGCACCAAGUACCGAGCCGACUCUUUGUUUAUCAGGUUGCAAAAGGGGAUCAUUGUCUGAGGAUGUCGAGCAGUUCGAGGCGGACGCGAUGUCUGAAUCAGACAGCUUCUGUAUUUGGCUAACAUUUGAAGAUGAAGUGCUAAAAUUUUGUCAGCGGUGUGAUGUCUGCUUCGACUGUCGUUGCUUUCAUGAUGUGCGAGUCGUUGUUCCUUUUCAAGGGAGACCGAUUGCUACACCCUUGUUUUUUUCCGUGUGCGCAUACUGCCAGCCCCGCAUGACAAUCCUGCGCGACUAUGGAUCGGCUUUCACCAACCACUAG